AUGUGUCAAAUUUGUUCAGACGGACAGGAAGGAUUACUUCAAUACUCAUUCUUGUGUCCUAAUGGUACAAUCUUCAACCAACAAUACUUCAUCUGUGAUUGGUGGUUUAAUGUUGACUGCUCAACGGCUGAAGAUUUUUUCUACUUGAAUGCAGAGGUGGCUGAAGCUGCUGCUCUGGCAAAUGAAAGGAGGGAAGGAAGAGCGUCCAACCUAGUUCUACCAAUUGUACAAGAACGACCUGUUAACAACAGAAAACCAAGCAGCUUAAGAGGAUAAGAAAAUAAAGUGAAUUUGAAAUAAAAUCAUAAUUAAAAGAACAUUUACCUGGUUCUAUUGAAGCCCCCCUUUCCUAUUUAAUUCUUUGUAGUGUAUAAUAUUUACAUUCUACAUUAAAAGAGCAAAAAAAAAUGAAAUAAUAUAAAUUUU